CAAUGGAUCAUGCAUUCGACUCUGUUAGUUCAGGUUGACUGGCGAUAGAUUCCAAAUCUUCACCGACGUACGAGCUAUUCCGAGCAACCCUUUAGCCAUACCGCCUCUCGAGACGGACAUGCGCGACGACAGCCAACUCUUCGCAAACUAGAAGCGUCCACCCAUCCUAUUCCUCUUCCUUCUAUUCGACGACGUUCAAGCUAAGCUCCAGCACUUCCUCUUGGUAGUCUUUCAGAUACUUCGACCUUUGCGGUCGAGAACGCCUCUUGAAAAUGAGUGGCCUGAUGAAUGUCCGAGGGGUCGUGGUAUCCCUCAUCAACAAAUUCAUCUCGCCAUACGUUGACAACCUCAACGCAAAUGACUUGAACCUGGCGAUCAUGGCCGGCGAUUUGACGCUGCAUAAUCUGCAUCUCAAAAAGUCGGCCGUCGAGAAGUACAACUUGCCAGUAGAAGUGGUCGAAGGUCACAUCGGUCACUUGCAUAUAACCAUCCCCUGGUUCUCCCUCCGUACCAACCCCGUCCACAUUCAAAUCUCCGAUGUAUUCCUGCUCGUCAAGAUGCGGGAUACCUCUCAAGAAUCGGUCGACCCGCAGGAAGACGAGCGGAAGGAUCAAGAGGCGAAACAGGAAAAGCUGCGGAAUGCCGAGAGUCUGGAUGCGGCUGCUGCAGCUGGUCAGGGAGCUGCUGGGCAGGGCGACGAAGCCAAACAAACCUGGAUCGGAGCUUUCACCCAGAAGUUGGUCGACAACGUCCAGAUCUCGAUCGAGAACAUCCAUCUGCGAUAUGAGGACAACCUCAGUACCCCCGAGCAUCCUUUCGCCGCCGGUGUGACGCUAUCGAGCUUCAAGGCUGUCUCUGCGGAUGAGAACUGGAUCGAGGCGUUCAUCCAGAAUAGUUCUGAAGGAGUUCGGAAGCUCGCCUCGCUAGACGGUCUGGCUUUCUACUUCGAUACGGACGCUAGCAGUAUCUAUCAGGAAGGCGACCGAAGGGGCGAGAUGAUGAAGAGCUUCCAAUCGCUUAUCGCGAGUAAGGAAGUCGACGUCCCGCAUCAAUACAUCCUGAAACCUGUCAGCGGAGAGUCAAGAAUUACCAUGAAGAAGAAGCUAUCGAAAGAGGUCGCCAAGACGGACGCUCAGGUCUUCUUCGAUGAGAUCGGUUUCGUGCUCGACGAUGACCAGUAUCGAGAUGCGUUGUCGAUGCUAGACUUGUUCCAUUUCUAUACUCGGACGCACAUGUACCAUCGAUAUCGGCCUCCAGACAGCGAAUUCUCGGAAUCGCCAGCCAAAGCCCGUUGGAAGUUUGCUACGAAAGCGAUUCUCAGCGAAAUACACGAGCGGAAUCGAAAGUGGACUUGGCAGUACUUUGAAGAGCGGCGCGAUAACCGAAAACAAUACGUCGAGCUAUAUGUCAAGACCUUGUCGGGGAACACGGCGCUCGGAGUUGAAGACGCUUCUGUACUGGAAAAGCUCGAGCAAGACCUCUCAUACGAGGACAUUCGAUUCUUCCGCUCGGUCGCCAAGGCUCAGGCCAAAAAGGACGCGGAUCUCAAGAAACGGUUACAGCACGAAAAGGAGAAGUCUCAGGGUCAGCAAAAGUCUAGCGGCUGGCUAGGAUGGGUCUGGGGAGGAUCCUCUACCGCAGGGAACGAUACCGCCGGGGAUGACGAUAUGACUAUCUCGGAAGCGGACAAGGCGCAGCUGAACGAGAUCAUUGAUUAUGAUCCGUCAGCAGCGUCUACGAGCGGUAGUCUUCCCGAUGAUUUCCUCCUGAUGCGCGUAUCGACGACUUUGAAACGGGGAUCUCUAGCACUACGAACGGAUCCUCAUGGUGCGAAGCGAGAUCUCAUUUCCCUCGUGUUCGACUCGUUUGCGGCAGACGUUACGCAGAUGCCUCAAUCUCUCGAUGCCCGGAUCUCGCUUGGCGACUUCAGUGUGUUCGACGGCACAACCCUCAACACCCUGCAUCACAAGAUCGUUAGGGUCAAGGAGGGCGCCGCGAUAGGAAACGCUUCCGUUCCGGGCGAGGAAGUCGAGGUCGAUCCGUUCUUUACCUUGCGUUUCGAACGGAACCCACUAGAUCGUCGAGCCGAUACUGGAGUCGCUAUCCGCAUGCGUCAUCUCGAGAUCGUAUAUCAUCGGGGAUAUGUUGAGGCUGUCAUGAGAUUCUUGACUCCCCCAGCGAGUCAACUGGAGUCGAUCUCGGCUUUGAUCGACGCCGCUGGUGAAACCUUUGACGGGAUCAGACGAGAAACUCGAGCAGGUCUUGAGUUUGCGCUUGAGCACCAUAAGACCAUCGACUUGCAGGUGGAUAUGAAUGCUCCCAUCAUUAUCGUCCCGGAACGUGUCGAUACCAAGGAGUGCUUGCACAUGAUUCUGGAUGCAGGUCAUAUCGGAGUGAACAGCUCUCUUGCGGAUAAAGCGGAGAUUCGAGACAUGCAGGCCAAGAAAGGUCAGGCCUUGUCUGAUGACGAGUUCCACAAGCUAGAGGGCCUCAUGUAUGACGAGUUCUCUCUCAAGCUCGAAUCUACGCAGCUUCUCAUUGGCUACAAGCUGGACGCGUGUCUCGAUGCAUUGCAUCAGCAGCAGGAAUCAUCUGCCCUCCACAUCAUCGAGCGAGUCGGAAUGACUUUCGUGGUUCAGAACGCCAUGUUGAACUUGCCCAAUCUCACGCGAUUCAAGGUCUCGGGAAACUUGCCAAGUCUUCAUGUCAACCUCUCCGACGUCAAAUAUAAAUCGUUGAUGCGCAUCAUCGAUGUUGCUAUUCCACACAGCGAUGAGGCGGCCACCGAGGUCAAGACGGCUCGGCCAAUUCUGCCCAACAGCAAAAAGACCGCUUUCCGAAGUCAGCCUGCUAUCCAGGAGUACGUGCUGGACGAUGAUGAGUCGAUCAUCGAGGACCGUGACGUAGGGGACAUGGUCGAAAGCACCGAGCCCGACAAGUUUUACGAUGCGGCGGACGCAACCACCGAAGCCCAGCGACAGGAUCUGCACCAGAAGACUUUCGAAUUUAGAUUCGCGGUGGGCGAAUUGCAGGCUGAACUGUCGCGUAGCACUCCUCAAGGCAUCGAGAAAGCCCUUGCUGUGGCGCGACUGACGGGGUUCGACCUUGAUUUUGCCUUGCGCAAGUUCGACAUGAGCGUCGACCUCGGCCUCCGGAAGCUCGAAUUGGACAUGCUGGAUGCUGCUCAACGCCAAUCGCUCAUCGAUACUGGAGAUUCGCAAACGGAGAAUCUCAUGAAGGUAGCGUACCGCAAGGUCCAGAAGGAGUCUCCGGAGUACAUGAGCGUGUUCGACGGUGCCGAUCAGAGUAUUGCGGUCGACCUCACGACGUUCAGGAUUCAUGCGAAACCUGAACCUCUGUUGGCGCUCUACGACUUUAUCAUGACGACAUUUGUGCCCAACAAUUCCGACACGACGCCAGAUAUCUCGCCAGGCGAUCAAACACAACUUGCCGAUGCGCAAAACCAGCAAGCCGACAAUGGGGACAAGAUUCGAAUACGUGUCAAGCUGAGAAGCAUCGAACUUUCAUUGGUCAAUGGUCAGGAGCAGUUUGCCACGUUGAAGUUGUCGUCCGCCGAUGUCGCUCUACUGUUGAGGGGAGGGACCAUGCGAUUGAGCACUACUCUUGGGAAACUCACUUUCGUGGAUGACACCUCCACCCAGACGGCGGACUCGUCAUUCAAGCAGCUCUUGACUAUCGAAGGAGACGAGUUGGCCGACUUCAGUUACGAGACCUUCAACCCGGAAGACGAGACCACGUUCCCCGGCUACAAUUCUGCGGUGAAAUUGCGAACUGGAUCGUUAGUAUUCACCGUCAUGGAAGGUCCUCUCAAGAACAUCAUGCUGUUCCUUUCCAAUCUAUCACGCCUGAAGGCCGUUUACGACCGAGCUUCGGAAGCUGCAAUGCAACGCGCAGCGGAAGUGACGAGGAUGCACUACGACGUAAUCAUCAAGACACCUAUCGUGGUCUUGCCACAGGAUGGCCUCGGCAGUCAAAAUCGGCUCGUGCUCAGACUUGGUCAGGUCAAUGCGAAGAACAGCUUCGGGAGGGGCGAAAACUCUCCCGAUAGUAUUGUGGCAUCGCUGAGUGGAGUUAACAUCACCACCGAAGGGCCCUUGGGUAUUCUGCAGAUCCUUGAUAGGGUUGAUUUGUCGGUCAACGUGGAUGAUUAUGCCGCAAGUUCCAAUCAGCCCAAGACGCAAAAGAUCCAUGGGGAGUCCAACGACAUACACAUGUCUCUAACGCAGCAACAAUACGUUCUCAUCAUGAAUCUCACCAAGACGCUUCCCAAAAUCCUGAAGGCGGAUGACGAGACGCUCCCAACGCCCGCUAGAGCGCCGGAUCCCGCGUCCUCGGAUGUCACCGGGCGAGACCCAUCGCCGAGCGUUGCAGCUGAAGGUGCCAACAUGGAUUUCGCUUUCCGUGUGCCUGUGGUUAGGCUAGAGCUUUACGGAAACAAGGCAACAUCGAAGGAGACCCUUCAUGAGGACAGCAUCGCGGCGUUCUCUAUCAACUCUUCCCACGUUCAGUAUGAGAGUAAAGCCGACGGCGCUUCCGAGGCCAACGUUACCGUCAAGUCGAUCGCCAUGUCAAAUACUCGUCCGGGCAACUCUAUCUAUCGCGAUCUCAUCCCGGAGGGCAAAAGAAGGGGCAAUCAGUUCACUGUGCAGUAUACCGUGUCGGCUCAACCAGAAGGAGCUGCGCAAGCCUUGGUCACCAUUGAUAGCCCUCAGGUCGUUCUCGCCGUCGACCCGCUUUAUGCCCUCACUGAAUUCGCUCUGGCACCCUUUAAAUCGGAGGACUCGAGGCAAGUUCCGUCCAGCGAUAACGAUGACAAGCCCCAAGACGAACCGACGAACAAGUCGACAAACGAGUCUUCCCUGUCCUAUCGGGUUGAAGUGCGGCACUCAACUGUCUUGAUUCUCGCAAGCGAUACGGAUCCCAAGGCGCAGGCCAUCGAAUUGCGCAUCAAAGACGUCGUAGUGGCCCAACAGGCUAAAAUGACCCUGGCCGUACACGAACUCGGGAUGUCCUUCGGGAGGAUGGAUCAGCCAAGUGAGCGUGUCAGAUUCCUCGACGAUGUGGACAUCACUGUCGCGAUGGAUACGCGCGGCGUCGCUGGAAACCAAAGCAUGAUUCUAGAUGUCGACAUCACGCCAGUCAUCUUCAGAGCAUCUUAUACCGAGAUCAUGUUGAUCGUGGACGUUGUCAACAAGGCUGCAGCGCUCGCUAGCGCCGCAACCAGCAAGCCAGAGACCGCGAUCGGGGAAGGACAGGAUCGUCAAGUAGCUCUACCGAUCAAUGAACAGUCUGCUAAGCCCAAUCAGUCCAGGCGAAAGUCUGUUACGAAUCACCCUCAGGUAGUGGUGUCGAAAGAAACAUUACACACUCGGAUCGGAGGCUUCCAACUGGUCUUGAUCGGAGACCUGCAAGAUCUUCCCCUAGUCCAUCUCAGUACCAAACCCUUCUCGCUCAAUGUGAACGACUGGUCAACAGACUUGCAUGCCAAGACUGCAAUGUCGACAACGAUCAAUUACUACAAUCUGAUGAACUCUCACUGGGAGCCCUUGAUGGAUCCCUGGGAAUUCGCUCUUACUGUCGCCAAGACUACUGGUACCGGUGACAACGGAACCAUGGCGGUCAAGUUCACCUCGAGACAACGACUCGAGAUGAAUAUGACGGCUGCGUUCAUCGAACUCGCCAUCACAAGCGCGACGGUGUGGUCGCAGCAGCACGAGCGAGUACAGCACGAGGGGAGAGGAGUUGAUGCGCCUUUCGUUGUUCGAAACCGGACCGGUUAUACCCUCUUAGUUUGGGCAGACUCGGACAAGUCACUACGCAGCUCUGGUCAGGGCAAAUCCGUGCAAGUUCGAAGAUUGGCCGACAACGAGGCCAUCCCGUGGCGAUUCCAGGAUCACAAGCGCCAGCGAGAAAAUCUCUCCUCUAGCAGUCAUAAUGCUUUCGGUGUCCAAUUCGAGAACAUGCCUUGGGAGCGCGUCCGAAACGUCUCGGUCGAUAGAGAGGGCGAUCAAUCCUACGUCCUGAAACCCAGAGUGCAAGAGGUCCUACAUCGGGUCGUUUGCGACGUCAAGUUGAAGGACAACGUCAAGAUCGUUACUUUCCGUUCGGCGUUCCAGGUCGAGAACAUGACGCAUCUGCCAAUGGAGCUCGUUUUGAUUGACGCCAAUAACAAACAGGCCGCACCUGUUUGCAAGAUUCCUCCUGGCGAAAGUUACCCUCUUCCAAUCGAAGCCGCAUACAACAACCGUUUCAAGCUUCGGCCUGAUAGAGGAUUCGACUAUUCUUGGUCGUCCGAUACGCUUUCCUGGCAAGAUCUUGUCAGGCGGCCCGUCCGAUCGAUCGGUUGCAAGCACAAGUCCCCGGAAGAGGCAGUAUUCCGUUUCCAAGCAGCAAGUCUGUUUGACAAGAAGGAUCCGGUCGUCAAACGAUACCCCAAGCUCAAUCUGCGCCUUCGUGCCCCGAUCGAGGUGGAAAACCUCUUGCCUUACAACAUCAGGUAUCGCGUUUAUGACAAGAACACGCGUUCCAAUACCACCAACUUUCUGAUCCGGGGCGGAUCAAGUCCUAUCCAUACCGUGCAAUUGGACCACCUGUUAUUGUUGAGCGUAGAGGCGCAAGAUUCCGGUUUCAAGCAGAGCGAAUUUGCCAUCAUCAACACCGACAAUCCGGAUGAUUUCCGCACUGAGAACAGUCUAAUCUUGCACGACAAGCGCGAUCAGAAAUUGACCCUGAGACUGCACUACAUCACUUAUCCGGACGCUGGAGGAGCCAUGAAGGUUCAGAUAUACAGCCCUUAUAUCAUCCUGAACAAAACCGGACUGCCCUUUUCUCUCGCUUUCAAAACCUGGUCCGGUGUUCAAAACAAGGUUGCAGGUCAAGAGGCUUUUGCAACGAGCCACAAACAAUCUCAUACUACCCCGUUCAUGUUUUCGUUCCCGACGGAGGAACGCAGUAAUCGUCUGUUGCUCAAGGUUGGCAACUCGGCUUGGUCCAAGCCAAUCUCGGUUGAAGGCGUAGGAGGAGAUUCCGAAGUCACGAUACCACAGGAUCGAGGCGAUGCUGUGCAUCAUAUCGGGUUUUCUUACAUCGAGGGUCUCGGCAAGUACAAGUUGAGCAAGGUCAUCACCAUUGCGCCUCGAUUCCUCUUGCGGAACGAGUCAAAGCGGACCGUCAAGAUCCGGCAAUUCCGAACGCAAAACUACCUUGACAUCAAGCCUGGUGAAAGGGUACCUUGGCACGCCUUUAGCAAUAGCGCCCCGACUCAGUUCUCGUUUGCAUUGGAUAGCGGCGAUGUCAGAUGGUCUGCGCCGAUCAACGUUGCCGAUGUCGGGCGUAAUCACGUUGUCGUGCCCACAGAACGUGGUGCAAGCAAGCAGCUGCUUCGUAUAGAUAUUCGGCUCGAAGGUUCGACGGUAUUCCUGUUCGUUGCGGAAGAAGAGGGGACCUGGCCCUUGCGCAUUCGCAACGAGACCGAUUUCCCGUUCACGUUCGAACAGACGGAGGAAACCGCGCCUAACGGACCACCUCAAGAUCGAAGGCUUUUGCCAGCAGAGCCUCGUUCGACGGUAGAUUAUGCUUGGGACACUCCUGCCGCGAUAGGGAAACGUAUACGCCUCGUUGCAUCGAACCAAGAACGACUCGUAGAUAUCAUGGAGAUCGGAAUCCAGUCGCCUUUCAAGGUGUCUGCGAAUAGUCGCCAAGGAUCACGAAGAAACAGGACAUUCUCUUUGGACGUCCGAGCUGAAGGUCAUUCGCAGGUCUUAGUCAUUAUGCCGUACGACGAGGACAACAGCGUAUACAGACCGAAACGGCCUGGGGGCAAUCUCGUUCGGUCUGAUAGCGUGGACUCCUUCAACGCCAUGUCCUUUGAGACUGUACUGGCACCGGAGAAACCCACAUUGACGUUGUCGGUCGAGCUCGAGGGUCUCGGUAUCUCGGUGGUAAAUCGCAACCUGCAAGAGCUGCUUUACGCCUCAAUUCGAGGUAUCAAGCUGUCGUACUCGGACUAUCCCCACUUCUACGAUGCAAGUCUCGACUGCAAGUGGAUCCAGAUCGACAACCAGCUAUUUGGGGGCCUGUUCCCCAUCAUUCUGUAUCCUACGAUUGUGCCAAAAGAUGGCAAGGAGCUGGAAGCUCAUCCAACAUUACAGAUGUCCGUUGCAGUCUUGAAAGAUGACAAACACGGUGUGACCUAUAUCAAAUACGCCACGCUCCUGUUGCAAGCCAUGACUAUCGAGCUGGACGAGGACUUUUUAUUCGCGGUAUACGAGUUCUCGAAGUUCGACAAUGCCUCGUGGCAGGAGCCCAUCCACGACGUCUUGAUCACUCAGCCGGACGAGAUUCCCGAUGCCCAGGCGACGCCGCCUGGAACGAACGUCUACUUUGAAGAUCUGGCGUUGCAGCCAAUGCAGCUAGAGAUAUCGUUCAUGCGAACCGAGAGGGUCAACGUUGAUGACAAAUCGAGCUCUCGCAACCCGGUUGUAUUCUUCUUCAACGCUCUUACGAUGGCGCUAGGAAACGUCAACGCUGCGCCAGUUCGGCUUAACGCAUUGAUCAUCCACAACGCUCGAUUAACGAUGCCGUCGUUGCAAGAGCGCGUCAUCUUGCAUUAUCGAGAGCAAUUCGUCGCCCAGAUCUACCGAGUACUUGGUUCCGCCGACUUCUUGGGCAACCCGGUCGGACUGUUCAACAACGUCAGCUCGGGUGUCCAAGACAUCUUUUACGAGCCGAUCCAGGGUGUCGUCAUGCAUGGACAUCGUGAUCUGGGUAUCGGGAUCGCAAGGGGUGCUUCAAGCUUUGCCAAAAAGACCGUCUUUGGAAUCACCGAUUCUCUUACCAAAGUCACCGGCAGUGUCGGCAAAGGUUUAGCUGCAGCUACUUUGGACUCGGACUACCAGUCCAGGCGUCGAAUGGCACAGCGGAGGAACAAGCCUAAGCAUGCCUUAUACGGGUUCACGAGCGGUGCCAAUUCGUUUGCAACAAGCGUGGCAAGCGGGUUUGAAGGACUAGCACUCAAACCUAUCGAGGGCGCCGAAAGCGGUGGAGUAGGCGGAUUUUUCAAGGGAGUGGGCAAGGGCUUUGUUGGUGCCGUGACCAAGCCUGUUGUCGGAGUGUUCGACUUUGCCUCCAACGUCACGGAAGGUAUCCGAAACACCACCACCGUCUUUGACCAAGAAGAGCUAGACCGGGUCCGCUUGCCGAGAUUUAUCGGUUCGGACGGCAUUCUGAGGCCUUUCACCGAGAGGGAAGCUUUCGGACAGUUCUGGCUCAAGGAUCUGGAGAACGGUCGCUAUUUCAAGGACACCUAUGUGGCUCACCUCGACCUGCCAGGAGACGAUUCGAUCAUCAUGCUCACUGGUAGCAGGAUCCUAUUGGUCCGUUCGAACAACUUUAGGGUGUCGUGGGAGGUUCCUUUCGACGACCUGCAGACGAUCUCGCUCGAGCCCAACGGGAUCAGUCUGGUCUUGAUGGGCGACGUAGACGGGCCGUUCAUCCCGGUCGUCGGGCAGCGCGAAAAGAGUUUCUUAUUCAAGCAUAUCGAGACAGUUGUCAAGCAGCAUAACGAGGUUAGGAAGGCAGACUGAGGGGUUUUUCAAGAGAAUCCGAUUGACAGGCAGAAUGUAUCUAUAUUACC